UUCGUGGUGUACGCGCACGGGAACGCGUGCGAUGUGGGAGAUUGCGCGAUGGAGGCGACGAAGAUCGCGGUCGGGCUGAAGGCACACGUCAUCGUGCCGGAGUUUCCAGGGUACGGCGUCACCGAAGGCGUCGCGCACGAGGAGAGCGUCAACGCCGUCGUCAAGGCUACGGUGAAGUAUUGCGUAAAGUAUCUCAACGUUUCGCAGUCGAGAAUGAUCAUAAUGGGUCGAUCCAUCGGCACAGGACCGGCGUGUUGGAUCACGCGAAUGAUGUGCGCACAGGGGGGACCGCCCGCGGGUUUGGUGCUCCAGAGCCCGUACACGUCCAUUCGCGACGUCGCGAGCGGGUACAUCGGCGCGACGGCGAGUUACUUGCUCGCCGAUAGGUGGAAUAACCGGGAGAACCUCGCGGAAGUGGAAUGUCCAGUGCUGGUGAUGCACGGAGACAAAGACACCGUGAUUCCGUUUUCGCAUUCUCAAAACUUA